AUGGGAUUGAAUGAUAACUUUGAGCAAGCAAGGUGUCAGAUUCUAUUAAUGCCAAGCUUGCCAUCUAUAGAUAAGGCUUAUGCUAUGGUAGUUCAGGAAGAAAGAAGGAAAUCAUUUACUGGUGGUACCUAUGGGCAAACUGGGCAUAAUGAUCCUACUGCGUUGUUUACUGCUCAAUCUAUAUCUAAGCCAAGGAUAAACUAUAGCUUAGAAUGUGAUUUUUGUCAUUUGAAAGGCCAUACUAGAAAUGAAUGUUACAAAUUGAUGAGGUGUGAAUUUUGUAAUAAGACUGGGCACUUGAAGGAGAACUGUUACAAGAUUAUUGGAUAUCCAUAUGAUUUCAAGCAGAAGAACAAAGCAAAUGCAGUCAUGAUAGAUGGAGCUGGACAACAAGGAAUGAUAGCUUCACCAACUACAAGAAUAUAUCAGCCAAGCAGUAAUGUUGAACCAGCUCAAUUUUCACUAAAGAACAGAACUAGUGCAAACAUGGCAGGUAAGUGCUUUUGUGGUAAUGUAGCCUUAUGUGAGAACUUAGAACUUUGCAAAUGGAUAGUUGAUACUGGUGCUACUAACCACAUGAUUGGUGAUAAGAGUUUACUGAAAAAUGAAACUUCAGUAGGAAAUUCAGGACAAGUGCAGUUACCUACUGGAGAUUCAGCAUCAAUCUCACAUAUGAGGGAGUUCUCUAAAGUGACAGAAGAUCUCAAACGCAGUGUUACUUUUUCCCCUAAAUGUUGUAUGUUCCAGGACCUCUUAUCUGGGAGGGUGAAGGAGAUUGGUAGAAAAGAAGAAGGUCUGUACAUAUUAUCAACAGCAUUAGGGAAGACAGUGAAUAGAGUUUUUGCAGCUACUAGUAAAGGAGGCAUGGAAAUAUGGCACAGAAGAACAGGACAUGUUCCAGUUCAAGUUCUCAGAAGAAUUCCUAGCCAUGAUAAAUUUGCUCCUCGAGCUGUGAAGUCAGUCUUCCUAGGAUAUGCUGCACAUCAGAAAGGUUACAGACUCUUGGAUUUGGAGAAUAGAGUAUUUUUUAUAAGCAGAGAUGUAGUGUUCUAUGAGGAUAUAUUUCCUUUUCAUACAGCAGAAGUAUCAUCAGAAUCAUUAUUCCUGGAUAAAAUUCCAGUGCCAAGACAAGAUUUUGAUGAAGAACUAAAUGCAGUGGUGGUUAGUUCUGCUGCUGAUACUCAUAUUGAGGGAACUAAUAUGCCAUGUUCUCCUACUCUAACUCCGGUUAUCUCAAAUGAGCAGGACAUUUCACACCCUGUUGAAUAUAAUAGUGUGGAUAGUCCUGGUGAUUCUCUUAUUUUACCUGAUGGUAAGGAAACUAGAAAAUCCACAAAAGUAUCUAAGCCUCCAUAUGGCUUAAGCAUUAUGUCAGAGAUGACAAGAAAAGCUCUGCAAGUUGCUGAAAUGGAGAUAGAACCUACAUCAUAUUCAGAGGCAGUAAAGGACAAGAGAUGGGUAGAGGCAAUGCAGGCAGAAAUCAAGGCAUUGGAGGAUAAUAAGACUUGUGAACUGGUAUCCUUGCCAUAA